CGCCGCUACCUUCGCCUAUUCAAAUGGAUAGAUUUCGGCCAACUUACUCUCCAGUCGACCUCUGAACCCGAUUCCUCACGCCGCCUACUCAAGACCGCNAAAAACGCUCUCCUGGCACUAUACUUUUUCAUGGAGAUGUUUUGCAUAACUUGGUUUAUUGCCAUUAGUGUCUCGCUGCUCUUGACGUUGUACGACAUCUUCGGCUUCUCCCACUCCUCGCCUGCGAAAACUGCUUUGUACACCACUCUCAUCUGCGACGUUUGCGACAUUACCAUUCCUGGUUCUGCAGUCGGUUGGAUCCCCGUGUCUUCUGUGACUGUGGCGAUAGCAAGUAGUAUCUCCAGCAUUCUUGUCGGAAAAGACAUCUGGGAGAGGGUGCAGCAGGAAGCAAAGCAGAAAGAGCAGAGAAAGAGGGAAAAGGCAGCAAGGAAAGUUAGAUUUGACGCCGGAACAAAGGCUGAAGAGAAUGAGAAGGACGUAGUGGAUGGAGAGAAGGAAAGGAAUGGUGUUGUGAAUGGGGGCGUCAAGACUUUGGUCAAUGUUGUUGGAGAUGAAGAUGGGAGUGUUAAGAAGAGGGUAAAGAAAGCAUAG